AUGGAGGCACGGCGAGCGAAGGCCGUUGCGGCGGCCACCGUCCUCUCUCUGUUGGUGCCCCUUCUUGUCCUCUUGUUCCGCUUCGGUCACACCGUCGCCUUCUUCGUCGUCCUCGCCGUGGCCUUCGUCGCCGUACUCGGCGUCCUCGCUUGGGUCCUCUCGCUCUACACCGAUCUCUCCCACCGCCAGCUCUCCCUCGCCCGCCGCUCCGUCUCCGACCGCGAGGAGCACCGCGUCGAGUAUAGUUUCCUCCGCAAGGUCGCCGGCCUCCCCAUCAAGUUCCGCCUCGAAUCCCUCGCCGCCGCCACCGACGGCUUCCGCUGUCUCCUUGGCCGCGGCUCGUCCGCCUCCGUCUUCCGCGGCGUCCUCGACGACGGCACCGCCGUCGCGGUCAAGCGCAUCGACGCGAUUGCGGAGCGCGGGGACAAAGAGUUCCGCACCGAGGUCGCCGCCAUCGCCAGCAUCCACCACCGCAACCUCGUCCGCCUCCUCGGGUACUGCGUCACGCCCGGUCCCCGAUUCCUCGUCUACGAGUUCGUCGCCAACGGAUCGCUAGAUCGGUGGAUUUUCCCCUCCCGCGACGCCGCCGCCGACGCGGCCAACGGCCGCUGCCUCCCAUGGCCGAUGCGCCAUCGCGUGGCCAUCGACGUGGCCAAAGCCCUAAGCUACCUCCACCACGACUGCCGCGCGCGCGUCCUCCACCUCGACGUUAAGCCGGAGAACAUCCUACUCGACGAGGGCUUCCGUGCCCUAGUCGCCGAUUUCGGCCUUUCGAAAUUGAUGGGCAAGGACGAGAGCCGCGUGGUGACCACCGUCCGCGGCACCCGCGGCUACCUCGCCCCCGAGUGGCUCAUCGGCUCCGGCGUGACCGACAAAUCCGACAUCUACAGCUACGGAAUGGUGCUGCUAGAGAUUGUCGGCGGCCGUCGAGCCAUCCAGGUGACGGAGGAUAAGAAAUGGUCUUACUUCCCCAAGAUCGUGCACGAGAAGGCUUGGCAGGGGAAAGCGCUGGAGGUGCUCGACGAAAGGCUUAAUAGAGAGGGGGAGUCGCCGCCGGAGGCGGAGCUGCGGACGAUGGUCCACGUCGCACUGUGGUGCAUCCGGGACAAGGCGGAGGAGCGGCCGAGCAUGGCGCGGGUGGUGGACAUGCUCGAGGGGCGUAUCGACGUCGACGAACCACCGCCACAGAGCGAGAUGCUGAUCUACAACAUCUUGGAGCACAGCGUGCUCGACGCAGAGGCUACCGACGACAGACGCGCCGCCGCUGCCGCCGCCGGACUGCUGGAUCUGGGGCCGCCGUCGUCGGCCCCGGGCUCCAUCGAAGUCUCUUUGUCCGGUCGAUAG